CAAGCGUCAACCCUCGACUUUUGAGCUUCCAGAGGUUUGCUCGCCAAACGACAACCUUGAACCCUCAUUUUUCCAAUUCCGCCCUAUCUCCCUUCAUUUUUCCCAUUGUCUUCAGCACGAUGCAGGCUUUCUCAAGAUGCGCAAGACCUCUAGUGCAGGCGGCCGCCCGAAAGCAGGCCUACACGACCAGUGCAUACGCUGCAACGGCAGAGAACCUCCGACUCACUAAGGACACCAAGGUCAUCUACCAAGGCUUCACCGGAAAGCAGGGAAGGUGUGUUGCUAUAGGGGGAACAGAUGGGUCAUUGGAAGUGUAGCUAACCACAAUGCGACAGCUUCCACGCCGAGCAAGCCAUCGAAUACGGUACGUGUCCUACGAAAUGCAAGAACAAAGAUGCGAUGGAUAGGGUCUGAUAGCGAACUUAGGUACCCAAGUUGUUGGAGGAACAAACCCAAAGAAGGCUGGAACAACACAUCUCGGUUUACCUGUCUUUGCAAAUGUUGCAGACGCCGUCAAGGAAGCGGGAGCUACUGCUUCCGCAAUCUUUAUGCCGUACGGGCCCCCGGCGCAAAACAUCUCAGAACUUGGACUUUGGGCUAAUAUUUCUGCAGCCCACCAGUAGCUGCUGCUGGUAUUGAGGAGGCUAUCGCUGCUGAAAUUCCUCUCGUAGUGUGGUGAGUGCUAAAUCUAUAUCUGUGAUAGGAUAUGGCUUAAAAGAAUCGUGCAGUAUUACCGAGGGUAUUCCCCAACACGGUCAGUUCAAACUUUUGGAAACGACGAACGUCUCUUCUAAUUCCUUCCAGAUAUGGUCCGUAUUACAGACAUUCUUAAGACCCAAGGAAAAACUCGCUUGGUUGGGCCCAAUUGCCCAGGUUUAAUUGCUCCAGGGCAAUGCAAGAUUGGUAUCAUGCCAGGGUUCAUUCACAAGAGAGGUCGUAUUGGUAUCGUUUCUCGAUCAGGAACUUUGACCUACGAGGCCGUAAACCAGACCACACAAGCAGGUCUCGGACAAUCCCUCGUUGUCGGUAUUGGUGGUGACCCAUUCUCUGGAACCAACUUCAUCGACUGCUUGAAGGUGUUCCUUGAGGAUAGCGAGACUGAUGGUAUCAUUAUGAUUGGUGAGAUUGGAGGAUCUGCUGAGGAGGAUGCAGCCGAGUUCUUGAAGGAGUACAACACUGCCAAGAAGCCAGUCGUCAGUUUCAUUGCUGGUAUCUCUGCACCACCAGGACGAAGAAUGGGACACGCCGGUAAGUGAUCCGAAAUAUGUAAAACGAAAAAGCAAUUUUGACAUGAAAUAGGUGCUAUCGUCAGUGGUGGAAAGGGAGGUGCUGACUCCAAGAUCUCAGCACUUGAGGCUGCUGGUGUGAUCGUUGAGCGAAGUCCCGCUAUGCUUGGAAAGACAUUACACAAAGAGUUUGUAAGACUCGAUAUGGUGUAAGAGGAGCUCAAAGAUUGGAGAUGAGAAUAGAAUGAUGCACAUUGGUGUUAAUGCAAUUGGGUCUUUUGGUCUUUGGUAGAUACCUUCCAUUGUCGUGUACAGCUAGCAAAUUCCCCUAACGAGAGAACGCCCUACGCUGGCUGUUCUCGUAUUCAUACCAUAUACUGUACAUUUCGUUGGGUGUGGAAUUAUAGAAAGAUUCAAGUAGAGGAGUCCACUGUUUGAAUGAUCACAUCUUAUGAAAAAAAAGUCGUUGCGGGUGAAUCUUUAUGUCGGACAGAAGAGGUGAGAGACAAGGGUCUCAGCGGAAACAGAGCACAGAGCUUCCAAGCACCCCUCGCGAUUGUGACCUCAGCAGCGAUCAACAUCACAAAACAACAACCACCUUCUCCGCUACUCUAUCCACCAAGACCACGAUGCUUUCCGGCAUCCUGAUCUUCAAUCAGAAGGGCGAGAAUCUAAUCUUCAGAGCAUUUCGCAAUGACUGUCGUCCACGCCUCGCAGAUGUUUUUCGCAUCCAAGUCAUUUCAAACGCCCAAGUGCGGUCUCCUAUCUUGACCCUCGGAAGUACAACCUUUAGCCAUGUAAAGCACGAGAAUAUAUAUUUGGUCGCAAUCACGAAGAGCAAUGCCAAUGCAGCUCUGGUUUUCGAGUUUCUUUACAGGUUGAUUGCUCUGGGGAAGGGGUAUUUCGGCAAGUUCGAUGAGGAGGCUGUCAAGAACAACUUCGUAUUGGUGUAUGAGCUUCUGGAUGGUUAGUUAUUGACAAUGCAAUAAUUGCAAAUCUGCGAGAGGAAACCGUGUGCUAAUUAUCUCUGCAGAAAUCCUGGAUUUUGGAUAUCCUCAAAAUACGGAGACGGAUACUCUCAAGAUGUACAUUACAACCGAAGGUGUGAAAUCCGAACGAACGAUGGAGGACUCGGCAAAGAUUACCAUGCAGGCAACCGGUGCUCUUUCAUGGAGGAAAGCAGAUGUCAAAUACCGGAAGAAUGAAGCUUUUGUGGAUGUAAUUGAAGAUGUCAAUCUCCUCAUGUCAGCCACGGGCACAGUCCUCCGCGCCGAUGUCAACGGGCAAAUCGUAAUGCGCGCAUACCUUUCCGGAACUCCAGAAUGCAAAUUUGGAUUGAACGAUCGUCUGCUUCUCGAUGGCGAUAGUCUCUCCGCUCUUCCCUCUGGAAAUAGAAUGGGAACUAAAGCUACGAAAGCAGCAGCAGGAAGUGUAACGCUUGAGGAUUGCCAAUUCCACCAAUGCGUCAAGCUUGGGAAGUUCGAUACAGAUCGAAUCAUCUCUUUUAUUCCGCCAGAUGGAGAAUUCGAAUUGAUGCGAUACCGCGCAACGGAAAACGUCAAUCUUCCCUUCAAAGUCCACGCUAUCGUGAAUGAAGUAGGUAAAACCAAGGUCGACUACAGCAUUGCGAUCCGGGCAAAUUACGGUAGCAAGCUGUUUGCCACAAACGUUGUUGUUCGUGUUCCCACUCCGUUGAAUACAGCACGAAUUACCGAACGCUGCACACAAGGAAAAGCCAAAUACGAGCCAUCAGAAAACAACAUUGUUUGGAAGAUUCCACGUUUUACAGGACAAAACGAGUUCGUUCUUAGUGCGGAAGCAACAUUAACGAGUAUGACCAAUCAAAAAGCCUGGAGUCGACCGCCUCUAAGUCUGAAUUUCAGCUUGUUGAUGUUUACGAGUUCUGGAUUGCUAGUUCGGUAUCUUAAGGUCUUUGAGAAGAGUAAUUAUUCGAGUGUAAAAUGGGUGAGAUAUAUGACUAGAGCCGGAAGUUACGAGAUACGGUAUGUUCAUCUCAUGUUCCAUUUCAUCUUUCCCCCUUUCUACUCCGGUUGUGUCCCUCCACCCUCGCCAAAACUUUCCUAGGAUAGAUUACUAACGAAACCGACGACGUAGAUUUUAACUUUUGCCUCUCUCGAUCUCAAACUCACUUUACCGAAAUCGGUCGCUCGAGCCAAGUAGAAGGAAGAAGGCAUGGGAUUUUACGCGAUAGGGCGAGUAGGGAUUUUUGAGGAAAGGCGUUCCGGAUGAUGCAUAAUCUCGCUUUUCCUCUUUUAUUUUGGCUUUCAAAUGAAUGAUUGACUAGGUACAGCACCUUGGAAUUUGGAACCUUCUCGGAAUUGAAGAGUAGCACAGCAAUGGCGUAG